AUGCCGAGCACAGAAAUCCUCUGCAGACCAGACCGUCUCUUUUCCGGUUUGGCCUUCGUCGGCCGGAUCCCGGUUAUGACCGGAGCUUUCAUGGACUCCUCACCCAAUGAUGACUACAGCGGGGAACACUCUCUCUUCAACUCCUCGGCCAGCGUCCAUGCCGCUGCCUUGGCUGGCUCCGUACAAGGUCAGCAGGAUGAGUCCCAGUCCAUGUCCAGUGACGCCAUCUGGCUCUGGAUCGCCAUUAUCGCCACUAUUGGAAACAUAGUGGUGGUGGGCGUUGUCUACGCCUUCACUUUCUGA